AAGAGGGAAGGAAACUUUGGGGAUUCCUCUGGGCACUAACUGGUGAGAACAAUGAAUUGAAACAGCAACUGGCCAGCUGUGGACUUUGAGAAAGCCCUUCAGGGUAGGAAUUUGGAAACUUCAACUUCAUCUGUGUUGCUUGUUCCACAUUCUUCGCAGCUCCUUGCUUUUAACCCGGAACUAUGCCCAUGCCUGGUCAACAGAAGAGAUUGUUUAACUCUCUGAAUUCCACUUCCCCAGAUACUCUCCACCAAGCUGUCCCUACCAAUCAGACAGAUAUUUCAUGCCAGGGGCUCUUCAUUCCAGAUGAGUUGUUCUUGACCCUGGGGCUGGUAAGCCUGGUGGAAAACAUGAUGGUAGUGGUAGCCAUUAUCAAGAACCGCAACCUGCACUCACCCAUGUACUAUUUUGUCUGCUGCCUGGCUCUAUCAGACCUUUUGGUGAGUGUCAGUAACCUGCUGGAGACCUCAGUCAUGCUACUUCUGGAGAAAGGGGUGCUGAUGAUCCAGAUGCCAAUGCUGCAACAGCUUGACAAUGUCAUUGAUGUGUUGAUCUGCGGUUCCAUGAUGUCCUCUAUUUCCUUCUUAGGAGCCAUUGCCGUUGACCGCUAUAUCAGCAUCUUCUAUGCCUUGCGCUACCACAGUAUCGUUACCCCUUGUCGAGCUAAGGGAGUCCUUGCUGGUAUCUGGGUGUCCAGUGCCUUCUCUGGUACCCUCUUCAUCUCCUAUUACAACCAUAAUGCAGUCCUGCUCUGUCUCAUUGGCUUCUUCUUAUCCAUGUUGGGGCUCAUGGUGGUUCUCUAUAUUCAUAUGUUCAUCCAGGCAUGCCAGCAUGCCAGGAGGAUUGCUCGGCUACACAAGAGACAUGCCAUUCACCAGCUGUCGACCCUCAAGGGGGCUAUCACCCUCAUGAUCCUGUUGGGCAUCUUCUUCCUCUGCUGGGCCCCCUUCUUCCUGCAUCUCACACUUAUUGUCCUCUGUCCCAAGCAUCCCACAUGCAGCUGCUACUUCCAGAACUUCAACUUCUUUCUCAUCCUCAUCAUCUGCAACUCAAUCAUUGACCCCCUCAUCUAUGCCUUCCGCAGUCAAGAGCUUCGCAAGACCUUCAAGGAGGUGAUUCUGUGCUCCUGGUAA